AUGGCGCCAGGCGGCGAGUCCAAGAGCGACGACGGCAGCGACGUGGAGCAGUACGAGCUCACGGAGGACGAGGAGGAGCAGGAGCAGACCCAGCACAAAGCCCAAGACCAGGAGGCCAACGCAGACGCAGACGCGCCCCCUCCCGACUCGGCCAAGCGCGUCACGGGCAAGCGCAAGCGCUCGCUGUCCCAGAAUGACGAAGAGGAGAUCGCUCGGCGGCGCCGACGCAGGCGCUCACUGGCCUUCCAGCAGCGGCGGCGCUCUCUGACGCCCAGCGAGCGGAAGGCGGGGGCGGCAGGCACCGCUGGAGGCGCGGCGGCGGCCCCUGCGCACAGCAAACAGUACAUUAGUGACAUGUACUCGACCAUUAUCAAGAUGUCGUCGGAGAAUGUACGUGCUGCUACAGUGCAGAGGAGAGCGGGGGUAUAG